ACAGGCCUGUCUUGGGGAUCUUGAAUGCAGCAAACAUAUCCGGAUGUGACACAAUUACGCAGACGACGUGAGUGACACCGUUAAAGAUGGCGGCGCUGGCGUCCUUGAUGUUGAAGUCGAGAGCAGGUCUGCUGGUACCUGUCCAGACCUCUCUUCUGGACUCCGUGAGGUUCGCGUCCAAGAAGGCCGGCGGCAGCAGCAAGAACCUCGGUGGGAAGAGCCCCGGGCGAAGAUAUGGCUCCAAGAAAUAUGACGGUAAUUAUGUCCAUGCGGGUAACAUCCUUGCAACACAGAGGCAGAUAAGGUAUCACCCAGGAGCGCACGUGGGCAUGGGAACCAACAAGACGCUCUUCGCCCUGGAGGAGGGCUACGUCCGGUACACCAAGGAGGUCUACGUCCCGGCACCGCGCAGCCCCGAGGCCACCCGGGUCAUCACCAAGCUGCCAAAAGGAGCUGUGCUCUACAAGACCUUCGUCAGCGUCCUGCCCUUUAAACAGGAGGGUAAGUUUAAACUGGUGGACAUGGUCUGAGACCGGGACCGGACUGGGACGUCGUCGUUUCCCCUGGUCUUCUCGCUGUGGACCCCGAUCAAGAAGGCUUUGUUUUGGACACUUUCACUGAUUUCCCAAGAUCGAAGUGAGCAGCGCACCAUCAGCCAGAACGCAGAGAGCAGUCGGUGGAGACCUGCGGACUCUUGGGCCCCCCUUAGCUUCCUGUCUCCGAGUUCAGUACUUAUGUGACGCACUCUAUGGCACCUGUACAAACGCGUUGGAUUUCUAUUUAUUUGUUCAGUUUAUUUACACAAAAUAAUGACUGAAUCAAAUGUUUCAAGAAAAACAUUUCCAGUGACGGUUUGAAGGAUUAUCAUGAGUUAUAUUAGUUGAGAUUAUCUUUACAGCAAUCAAUAAACCCCCUUUGGAGCUGGUGCAGCUUGCUACUUUAAUCGGUAAUAUAACCAGGCGGAUGCUAGCUGACCCUACCCAAAUCUUUAAUGGGCCAACUGUCGAUGGUCAUACGUUAACCAUAUGUUUAAUUCACACGUGCUUUGUUGGUUUCUCUGCUUCAAUGACGAGCAGAGCUAAUGACCCCCGAACUAAACAAGCUUUUCAGGAGGUUGUCGCCGGCAUAAACGCAUUAAUUCACAAUGAUGAAUGCACAGAGAGCAAAACGUCCCCGUGUCUACAUCAGAACGAGACCCCCAUCGAUCAUGUUACACACAUUCUUGAGAGAAGAUGACAUUUAAACUGACUGACUGCCCAUUAGAUUAGAAAUUAGAUUUGUACGUGUUUUCUUACAUCAUUCACUGCCCCAUAAGCCUCGGGUGCCCCACUAUCAACCAAAUGUAACCAAGCACAUCCUCACGAUCCUUUUUGUUUAAGCACAUUUUGAUUGAGUGUUUAAAAUAUUCAGGAUUUAACACGGAGGAUUACAUCGAUUGUUGGAUAUUGAUUCACAGAUGUUAACAUUACAGAGAAGUAAUUAAGUAGUAUUACAUGGAAUAAAUGUUGGAAAGGUGCAAUACCAAAACCUGACCACAAGAUGUAGUACAACCACUACUUCAUUACUUUAUGUAUACAGUAUCGGGUCCACGUUCACAUAGCUGGUCUGUUUCUUCACAUAUUGGAAGUUACAGGAAGAAAAACAGUAACCUCAAGAAUGAUGCCUCCAAAGGAUUAGGAUGACUUUAGGAAACCUCUACCAGGCCACGGCCUUCAGGUGGAAGCCCCACCGUAUGAAACGCCUUGUGAAUGGUACGAGUGGUAUGCAGGUGGGAGUGUGGGUAACGCCUGGUCCACCACAUGGGAGUUGGAACGCUGUCAUGAAGCAGAGUGAUGGAUGCGAGGAGUCGGCGGUCUAUUGCUGAGCUGUCGUCUAUUUGGACAACAUACCGAAAUGAAACAGCGAAUGGACCAUGUGACGUCUUUUCCCUCUUCUGCGUAUGCACAAACGACAAAGAGCAGUUUGUGUUUAUUUAUUGUUUGAUCGGGUUAAAGAGUAACCUCGGGAACUCAGUGGCGGCCGUCGGUGAUGAGUGCAGGCCGAACACAUUUACAUUUCAAAGUUACCAUAUUUGGAAGAGCCGUAUACGUCUCUGGUAGCAGCAGCGACCUGUCAAUCCAAGUUAGCCCCGCCCUAAAGCAUCCCAUGCUUUAUGGUCCGUUUGACUCUAAAUGGACCAUAAUUUACAAAAUGAACAUCAUGCUGUAUUGAAGAAGAAGACUUGAAACUAGAGAUUGAGACCAUAACCUCAUGUUUACAAUGUUUACUGAGGGAAUAAAUCAAGAGAGAAGUAGAGUCAUUUAUAUAGACUUCUAUACAACCAGAGGAGUCGCCCCCUGCUGGCCAUAGAAGAUAAUACAAGUUUUAAGACACUUCCGGCGUUCACCCAGCAGAACCGAGGGUUGCCGCCUGGUUAAGCGCUAAUUAGCGAAUGUUAGCAUGCCAACGUGAAUAUGGUAGUCUAAACAAUACCUUUUCAGGAGCUGAACAUCAGCAUGUUAAGGCCUCUGACAGUCCAAAUGUUUGUCCUCGACUCUUUUCAGCCUGAUCUGGACAUUCAAGAUUUAAUUUGUGUCAAAUCUAUUCAAUUCAAAGAUGUUAAAUGAAAUAAAAAGCCUCCAGUACAAACAUACCACCCUGGAAAGAAUCACAUUUGCCAAACAUUUAAAUCCAUUAUACCAUUCUUGGAAAAGCAUUAAUAUAGCAGAAAACAAAUUGCAAUGUAAAGAUAUCGUGGAAUAAUGUUUACCUUGAAAUCCAAGCUUCUCUGUGCUUUUUAACUGUAUAACAGCACCCAAAGACGUUCUCAUCCCAAUAAAAUCUGGUAUGAAGGGG